ACUGUUGUCGCUAGCUAGAGCUCUAGAGCGCUAUCGGGGUCGGGACCGGGCCGGGCCGGGAGCUGAGCUGAGGAUCGGAGGCAGGCUGAGUGCUGGAAAUCAAGGCGAAAAAGCCAGCUGUUCAGAAAGUUGAUGAGCUCAUUGACUAUUCAGCUGAAGGAGCCACGCCCACUGCACUGGCACGGUCACCAUCAAUCAUGAGGGUGGUCAUUCUUGCUGCCGGGUACGGAACCCGUCUCCAGCGUGACAUUGGCAAGGACACCACUGGUGAUUAUGCCCAUCUAGUGGGUCUCCCUAAACCUCUGGUACCCAUUGGAUCCAAGCCUCUCAUCUCACACUGGAUGAAGGAUCUGACUGAGCAUGGCAUCACUGGACCAAUUCUUGUGGUGACCAACGAUUUCUACAAGGAUCACUUUGAUUCCUGGGCCCUCGACUGGAAGUGUGUUCACUUGAUCAGUGACGGUACUACCUGUAAUGAUGAUAGAAUUGGAGCUGUGGCUUGCAUGCAGUUGGCUGUGAAAGAGGGAAACAUUGAUGAUGAUGUACUUGUAAUAGGAGGGGAUACCCUCUUUUAUGAUGACUUUUCCCUGUCUGGUUUUCUAGCUGCCUUUCAGAAGAGAAAAGAGAGUAAUCCUGGAGCCAGCAUGGUUGUUUCCAAUCAUGUCCCUUGUGAAGAGGUUGUUAAGAGAGGUAUACUUGAGGUCAAUGAUGAGUUGAAGGUCACCGGAUUCUUGGAAAAGCCCAACCCAGAAGACACAGACUCUAGGAGAGCUUGUCCGUGCUUCUAUCUCUUCUCAAAAGAGAGCCUACCUCGUCUCGAUAGCUUUCUGUCAGAGCCAAGACCAAUGAAGGAAAGAGACGCAACAGGGAACUUUGUGAAAUAUCUCUACUCAAGGAUGCCAGUAUAUGUGUAUGACAUCUCAGGACGAUUUGAUGUUGGGUCCCUGGAAGACUAUAAAGUGUGUCAUAAACAUUUCUUGGAGAAAGAAAAGAGAUAACAGAGACAUUCUGUCAUCCCAUCACCAAAGGAAACAACUCUUUGGAAUGAGUUUCCAAGUAUAUUAGGGAAACUGUAGUUUUAUGUGGAAAUAUUUACAGUUACUGGCUUUUGAAACAUCUACAUGUAUAUUUAUGUAUAUGAGCCAACACCGGUGUGUUGGCUCAGUUGGUAGAGCAUCCGUCUCACAACCGGGAGGUCGGGGGUCCAAACCUCGGCCACAUCAGACCAAAAGAAGUUAAAAGCUGGAAGUUGCUGCUACCCUGUUUGACGUUCAACUAUUAAAGGGAUAGAGCCUCAUCGAUCUGGCGCUGCACAGUGGCU